AUGUCCCCUGGAGAGUCUGCUCUGCUGCUGGUGGAGGCCUCUUCCGAGCCUGCAGCAGCCUCUUCGGCUGGCGCUCGGGAUGCCCUGGGAGCCCAGGAUUUGUCUGCCGCUGGUGCGCCAGCCAGUCUGGCAUCACUUGUUCCAUUGGUCGACGGCACGAUAGCGCCCGAGGUCAGCCAGGCGUCAACUCCAGCAAUUGUUGCAGACACCGCGGCAUCUCCCGUGGCUUCGACUGGUGUUACCAACCAAGUCACAGACGCCGUAGCGCAAGCUCCCCAGGUGCUCGGCACUGACCAAUCAGCUGCCGCGAGCACACCGUUGGACCCUGGCAUCACUGCCGUGCAGCCACCAACACAGCCGACAGACCCACUCCCUGUAAUCGAUCCCCCAGCUCCGCAAGAUGCGCUGCCACCAGUGCCUCCAAGCGACCCAGUCCUUCCCGUCGGCCUCCCAGAGAUCCUGGCAGCAGCGAUAGCCCCAGCACUGGCAGCGGCACUGGCCCCUAUAGAAGUGCCGAUCAUUACGACAGCAGCACUGCCGCCGGCCAUUGUACCACUGAUGCCACUUCCUCCUGCAUUGGCGCCUGCACCGCUGAUGCCGCUCACAAUGCCUUCGAUCCCGGCUAUCCUGGCGCCCUUGGCUGCGCCCUGGGUGGCGCCCUGGACAGCCCCUGCCCUCGCCCCAAGCAUGGCGCCAGUCUGGGCCCCUGUGUCAGCGCCUUCAGCACUCCCACCAAGCGAACAGCUUGCUCCAGUUCCGGCUCCUACUCCAGGGGUUGCCCUUGCACCGGCCAUUGCACCGGCUAAUGCACCGGCCUUUGCACCGGCCCUUGCAACGGCCAUUGCACCGGCUAGUGCACCGGCCUUUGCACCGGCCCCAGCACCAGCCCCAGCACCGGCCCUUGCACCGGCUCUAACACCGGCCAUUGCACCGGCUAGUGCACCGGCCUUUGCACCGGCCCCAGCGCCGACCAUUGUGCUAGCCACCGCCUCGGCGCCUGCACCGGGCCCCGCGAUGGUCCCGCCACAACAGGAUACUCCCUUCAACACCCUCCCGCCGCUCUUCCCCUUCCUCGCUCAAAGGACCACUCCAUCGCCCACGCCUUCUCCCAACCCUCAGCCGGGCGCCAGAGUGCAGAUUAUUCCGCAGCUUGCCGGCCAGGAUGCGCUGACGCCGGCACCGCCUUGCGGACAGCCAGCCAGGAUCGCAGGCCCCAUGGCUGACUACAGUCAGUGCACGUGCACCUGCCCAACGGGCUUUGCGCCACUGGAGCCUGUCUGGCCGCCCGCGCCAGCCCCUGCACCCGACAUGGCCCCUGCACCCGCCCCCGUGCCAGUCCCGGCACCCGCUCCUGCACCUGGCAUAGCUCUAGUGCCUGCACCCGCUCCAGUACCUGCGCACGCCCCUGGUCCCGCGCCGUUUAUAGCCCCAGCGCCUGCUCCUGUGCCAGUCCCUGUGCCAGCACCGGCUCCUGUGCCUGCACCCGCUCCUGCGCCACCCCAGCUCCGGUGCCGGCGGCAGUACCAGCCCCGGCGCCUGCGCCUGUACCUGCACCCGCCCCCGCCCCUGUGCCGGCACCUGCCCCCGCUCCAGUGCCUGCCCCCGCACCUGCUCCUGUACCAGCUCCUGCGCCAGCACCUGAAGCGGCGACGCCUGCGCCAGCGGCUGAGCCUGUGGCAGGUCUGUUUGCUCCUCAUCUGA